GGAAGUGAUAGCUGUGCGAAUCGUGGGUGGGAUGGCCGUGGGCCGCCUCUUUCUAAGUCGGCUUCGAGCACCCUUCAGUUCCAUGGCCAAGAGCCCACUCGAGGGCGUUUCCUCCUCCAGAGGCCUGCACGCGGGGCGCGGGCCCCGAAGGCUCUCCAUCGAAGGCAACAUUGCUGUGGGGAAGUCCACGUUUGUGAAGUUACUCACGAAAACUUACCCAGAAUGGCACGUAGCUACAGAACCUGUAGCAACAUGGCAGAAUAUCCAGGCUGCUGGCACCCAAAAAGCAGGGUCUUCCUCUGUCAUCCAGGCUGGAGUGCAGUGGCAUGAUCAUAGCUCACUGCAGCCUUGAAGUCCUGGACUCAGGUAUCUUCCCACCUCAGUCUCUUGGUGAGUUGGGACUAUAGGUGCAUACCACUGUCCCCAUCUACUUAAAAAAAUUUUUUUUUUUUUUUUGUAGAGAUAGGGUCUCACUUUGCUGCCCAGGCUGGUCUCGAACUCCUGGGCUCAAGCGACCCUUCCACCUCGGACUCCCAAGGUGUUGGGAUCACAGAUGUGAGCUGUGAUGCCUGGCCCAUGUGUAGUUUGUGACAGGUUUUACCAUCAAUGUUAUGAAAAUAAAUGGAGAAAUUUUGCAUCUUUUCUAGCAUAGAAAUGAUCUAUUCCUUGAAGGUAUGAUAGAAAUCAUCUUUAAGAUUAUAUGGAUUCAGUACUGUUUGAGGGGAAUCAUUAUUGGACAACUGUUUUCUGCCUCAGUUAUUCAGGUUGUUUUUUUUUUUUUUUAAGAUGGAGUUUUGCACCUAUCGUGCCACUGCACUCCAGCCUGGGUGGCAGAGUGAGACUCUUUGUCUCAAAAAAAAAAAAAAGAAAAAAGAAUCCGGGGCUGCUGAACAUCCCACACUUGUGCCCACUUGCACAUGCCGAGUAAGUGGAACGUUUUAAUUAUGUUUCAUAAAGUCUGUAGAAUUAAUUAGGGUUUUGUUUUAACAAACAAAUUGUAUUCCUUAUAUGAAAGAUAAAAUUCUAUUUGGUGGUUGAUUGGUUGGAUUUUCAAAUAAGCAGUUGCUUUCUGGUUUGCCUUGACAUUUUAUAAACAAAUAACUACAGAUGGAAGCUCAAAAGAGAGGCAACAUAGUGUUAUAGUGGAAAGAUUUGAUUCAGAGUUAAAUUUUAGAUGGUUGUUGACUGUUAACUCCUCCCCAGACAGACUUCACAAAUCCCUCAAUCAGUGAUCGUGUUAAUUCUAUAUAUGGUUCUUCCUCUGCUUUUGUUAUAUUGAAGUGGCAUGUCAUCUCCCUUUAGAGAGUCUUAUUUAAUAGGUAGGAAAAUCUCAUCCCUGAUUAUGAAAUUUUGACUAAGCUGGGGAUCUGAUUCUACCUUUUUGGUGGAAGGAAACUUUUGUAAUUUCUUCUUUCAUUGAUUAUUAAACCUGUUUGGGGAGGUAGGGGUGUGUGUGGAGGGGUGUACCCCAUGGAGUAAAUAUGCUUUCUAGGAAAUUUUCUUCUGUUUUUCAUCUCCCUCUAGGCCUGCACUGCCCAAAGUCUUGGAAACUUGCUGGAUAUGAUGUACCGGGAGCCAGCACGAUGGUCCUACACAUUCCAGACAUUUUCCUUUUUGAGCCGCCUGAAAGUACAGCUGGAGCCCUUCCCUGAGAAACUCUUACAGGCCAGGAAGCCAGUACAGAUCUUUGAGAGGUCUGUGUACAGUGACAGGUAUAUCUUUGCAAAGAAUCUUUUUGAAAAUGGUUCCCUCAGUGACAUCGAGUGGCAUAUCUAUCAGGACUGGCAUUCUUUUCUCCUGUGGGAGUUUGCCAGCCGGAUCACAUUACAUGGCUUCAUCUACCUCCAGGCUUCUCCCCAGGUUUGUUUGAAGAGACUGUACCAGAGGGCCAGGGAGGAGGAGAAAGGAAUUGAGCUGGCCUAUCUAGAGCAGCUGCAUGACCAACACGAAGCCUGGCUUAUUCACAAGACAACGAAGCUCCACUUUGAGGCUCUGAUGAACAUUCCAGUGCUGGUGUUGGAUGUCAAUGAUGAUUUUUCUGAGGAAGUAACCAAACAGGAAGACCUCAUGAGGGAGGUAAACACCUUUGUAAAGAAUCUGUAACCAAUACCAUGAUGUUCAGGCUAUGAUCUGGGCUCCCUGACUUUCUGAAGCUAGAAAAAUGUUGUGUCUCCCAACCACCUUUCCAUCCCCAGCCCCUCUCAUCCCUGGAGCACUCUGCCACUCAAGAGCUGGUUUGUUAAUUAUUGUUAGACUUUGCCAUUGUUUUCUUUUGUAUCUGAAGUAAUUUGAAAGUAAAGUUUACUUAAGUUA